AUGAUUACUGAAUACUACGUACUUAAGAGACCCCGUCUCGUUAAUAUCGUCUAUGAUUCGAAGGAAGCAAACCACCUACCGACUAUUCCGGUGCUUAGCAUUCUCCAGUUCACGUUUCACUCUGGGGUUGACGUCUUAGAUCCAUCGCAGCUGGGAUCUCUACUAUGGCGAAAGUCUUUAAAGUACGUCUCGACAAUUCCUGGUUUUCGGAGCUUGUACUGGGCCCCGAAGAAUUCUGCUCCCUCGUUUGAUCAGCAACAAGUUAUGAUUGUCUUGGUUCAGUGGGAAAGCGGUCAUGGUUGGAAAUUAUUCCAAUCCUCACUGGGAUUCAGCAUGAUGCUCGGUUAUAUCAAAGAUAUCUCCAACCGCUGUGUCCAACUUGAUCUUCCUAAUUUCAGCCACUUUGGCAGCCUUCUCGAAAUUGUCUCCUUCCGGUUCUCGUCUAGUGUCAACACUGAUAGAGAAUCGGAUUUCAUAUAUAAAUGGAAAGAGACAAUUUCUCCGCUCCUCAACGAUGAGACUACCGGGUCUGAACUGAUAGAUUGUUGUGGACAAUGGCUUGAAGCAGACGAAGCAUCCGAAGAUCGAUUCUUUGUUGGUUUGCUCUUCUGGAAACCGGAUACCUGGGCAAAUCAUCAACGUCAAUCCCGAGAAGCCAAUAUUCGCAACCUAAUAGACCAGAUAACAGAUCUUACAACAGAUGCAACAGCUGUAGUCUCAGUCUUCACAACCCAGCUUAAUCAUGUGGUUCCCGCAACUCCUACGUUACAGCUAUCGAGUCUUCCUUCUGACUCUGUGCAGUCUCAAACAAAUCACCCAAUUUUCAAAACUUCUAUAAAGCCCGAAUACAACGUGAAUGAUUCCACAUAUUCAGGGACGCUGGACCUGAUCCAUGUGAAAUCUGUAAGCCAAGCGAGGAAAAACCCUCCUGAGCGUAUUGCCUGUGGACCUGCUGGUAAUUGGUGCCCCAUGGGAAUUAUUUCCCAGCAUCAUUUACCCCAGCCAGGACAAUACGGCACGGGGACUCCUGGAAUGGAAAUUAUCUCUUUCCGCGGCCGGGCUGACAAUCCACGGAUAAAGAGUUCAUUUGAACGUCUUCGACAGAAACUCUGGGAUUCGCUAGGAGAUUGUCCAGGAAUGUUCUGGGGCAGGGCUAAGGACAAAGAAGGUGAUUUUGACAAAAUUUCACUAUUCGUUGAGACCAGAAAUCGGAACAGAGAGAUUCGCAAACAACUUCAACGGUCCAUUCAAGAAUUUUCAAAGGAAUGUGGCGAUAAUAUACAAGACUUAUCUACUGGAAGGAGUAUCAGCAUAGAUUGCAGUCGUCUUGCUCCGAAUAUGGAUGUCACUUUCUUUGAGGUCUCGGAGAACGAAAGAGAUCAAGAAUCAUUUGAAUAUGCAUUUUCGAACUACGUGGAGACUACGCAUCCCAAACUAGUGUACGGAAGGUACUACAAUGCUGUAUCUAAGGUGACAUGCCUGAGCCGUGGAUGGGUCACCAACCAUCAAUCUCCAUCAGGUCAAAGCGAGCAAGACAGGACGAUAUUGCAGUUCAUGUCCGUUUUCACUUACGAGAAGGAAGGCGCUGGAGAGGAGUGGUAUAACGACUUUGCCCAACGAGCCCAAACCCAGUAUGAUCUUUUGGGUCAUAUUGUCGACUGGAUCCGGACUUUAUCCACGCGUAUCACUAUUCAACGUUUCGCCUUGGAGAAACAAGAUUCUUGGAUGACUAUAUUGAGAGAGGAAAAAGUGAGGCAGACGUAUCCGCCAGAUCUGCUUGCGUUAUUACCACCAUUACCACCAGUGAUAUUACCACAGUCUAUUCAGUCUAUUCCUGAGCGGCCGCCUUCGCCACCACCACCGUCUAUUUUUGACCUUCCCUGGGCUAAGCGGCAAGGUGAGUCAAAUGAAAGAAAAUGAGCAAUGUUUAUUCGAUGCGAGAAGGAGGGUCAGCUGCAGAUUAACCCUAUACUACGCGGUAGUACUAAGGUGCGCGUAAUAGCGCCUCAAAUCCAGGCUAGAAAUUCCUAUCGCAAGAUUCAUGUAUAUAUACUAUAUAAUUAUGUUUUAUAUUUUUAAUAAAAAUUCAGAUCC